AACAGUCGAGUGUACUGUAGUCGGUGGGUAUGCUAAAUGUUUCGGCUGUACUGUGGUGCAAAAUCUCCGCUGAAGCUGGUGUUUUUAACCGGCAGAAAUAUGUCGAUAGCGCCCACUGACCGUGGACCGGCGGUCGGUGACCAAAGCACCGACAACAGGUCGAUUCACUCGGACACCGUGGAGGAGGUCCAUAACAUCCCGAUGCAGGUCAUCAUCAGACCAUUUCCUCCAGUGCUGGACGAGCAGAAAGUCCAGAGCUUGAUGGACACAAUAAGGGAGACGGCAGACAUCAGCGUUGUUCCUCCUAUUGAUGUGCUCUGGAUCAAAGGCAGCGAGGGAGGAAAUUACUACUACUCCUUUGGAGGCUGUCACAGGUUUGCUGCCUAUCAGAGGUUGAACGUGCAGACCAUUCCAGCAAAGAUCAUCAAAUCUAACAUCACAGACCUAAGCACUUACUUGGGGGCUUCAACGCCUGAUCUGCGGUGAUGCUGGAGCAGCUUGGAGAUUUUCACCCCACUCCACCCCCGCUUCAAAUGUACUUGCCUCAGGUGGAUCAUACAUAAUAUGGCUGUAACUCUCCUGUUAGUGACUGCGGAGCAAAGGCUUUGCCAGCAGGGGGAAAUGUAGCUCUUUAGUUAAAUAUGUUACAUUUUGUGAUUUGAAACAGCUUGUAUGUAUGCAUGUUAAUCAUGUGAUAGCUUUAAUGUUGCCAAAUACCAUCUGCACAUACAAAUUUAACAGUUUUCUUAAAGUUCUUUAUUUAAAAAAUAUGACGGCUGAGAUUGGGCUAAGAUAAGUUUUUUUUUUUUUUUUACUUAAAUCGACUUAUAGUGUGAAAGUAUGAAAGAGAAAAUGAAUUUAGCACAUCUUCAUCUUGGCUAUAAAAUGAAACCUUAGCAUCGAGCCCAAUAACAAUAGACAAAAGUGAGAGUGUCGAUCAUCUUACUUCAUGUAAGGAGAAAGGCGAGAUGAGUUGUCAGAAAAAACGAGGCACCAACUAUUCCAUAAACCCAAUUUUAAAAGUAUAACCCUAUAUAAAAUAAUUUACUACAAGCUCUCAAUUUUGCUGGUUUUAUUGGUGAUCAAGGAAUAAAUAUUACAACUAAUUUACCUACAUUUAUUAAUGAUUCAUUUUUUUAAAAAGAAAUAAAGUUAAAUAUAAAUAAAGUCAGCAUUCUCAGCUGUUUGCUAAUAUCAUAAAGAUGAUGUGAAGAAGAUUGUUAUAAUAUCAAACUUCUUAAAAAGUGACAUAAACAAAGACAUGCUACAUAUGUAUACGAUUCAACGCUGCAAAAAAUUGUAAAGAGAAUACGACUUGCAUCAAUUUUUUUUAAAGCAUGUAGAGCCUCUAUUUUCUCUUUUCCAUCAUCCUCUAUGGUGUCUCAACUCUGCUUCAUCUAAAUCUUUGCAUAUAUAAUGCCAGUUACUCAUUAUUUUGAUGCUAAAUGUAGCGCCUAAUAGCAAAAGUUAUUGGCUGCUCAAAUGCGAGUAGUGGAUCAGCUCAACCCCAUCAGUCUUUUAAAUGAUGAAGCAGUUGUUGUAGCAGUGUGUUUAUUCUGUAAACAUAAUCAAGUAACCACCCACCCCCCCCCACCCCCCCAGUGGAGGAUGGUUGGAGAUGAUCAGGUGUUUUCACAGCAGACGUUUUUACUUGUCAAAGUUGGAAAAAGCACAGCUGUUGCUGAUAAAAUGAACAACUUCUCAUUUCUGUCGAAGCUCUCCUGUGACAGCGAGCCAGCCUGCACAGCGCGGCAGCAGAAAGGGAAGCAGUGAAACUGAAUUCAGCUAUCAUUAAUUUUACUUAUGUGCUUUUACUGUUGUGACACUUGCUUACAAAAAAAAAAGCCUGUUGUAUCCACCAGUGGCUUUUCUUCAAAUUCACCUCUUGAGGUGCUUCUGAGUACUGAGGAAGAUUUAAAUACACCUUCCCUGUCGCUGGUUGAAGUUAUUUUUGUCUGAAUUGUAUUAGAAAGUCCCCGUGGAUCUAGUUAUAAUUUUAGAAUCAAAUGGACGACUUUAUGUUGCAGCUGCAUAUUUUCUUUUCAAUAACUAAGAGACAAUUACUCCAAACUGCUGUUUUUCCGUUUUUUAUAAAUCCCUGUAGCUCUGGUGUCACACAACCCUGCAGUUUUUCAGUCAUAUUCACCCACGUUGUUCAUGCACAGUCAACUUUGAUUUUGAUGUUCCAGACAGCAUAAGACAACGAGUUAAUAGAAAGGAGCCUAUAGACCAGAUGGCUUGCCGAAGGAGUGAGGUGUUAUGAGAACAUCAAGCUGACAAAAUGCAAGAUGUUAAGUCUUGCUGAAUCUGCUCAUUGUGCUUGCCGUCAGUCUGUCUCUUUCUGUUGUUUCAAAGUGAUCCCCAGUGUAACCGUCCAGAUUGUGUUUUGACAAAGAAAGCGGAGGAUCCUUCAUUGUACUGGUCAGCUCGUAUCAAAUACUUUAACCAAGGCGAUCUCAGAUGCAUACGAAAAAUACCCUGAUUAGUUGCUCGCUCUUCAGGCUAUGGUUUGGACUACAAAUGUUUCUGUCUUGCCCUACCUCACAUAAAUAAAUGCACACCUCUUUUAUGUAGCACCUUGUUUAUUGUUGUCGUUGACCUUGAGGCAGGCCUUGCUUACUAAAUCAAGCCAGACAGCAGUUCCUUUGCCUCAGUCUUAGAGGAAGGAACUGUCGUCUUACAGAAUAAUAUAAGUACGCUAUACAUUGAGUCGUGGCCUUUCCAACAUCAGCUGAGAGCAACCUGCUGAUCUCCCUUUGUGGCCAUCAAGGAAGUGAAGGGAGACCCGGGGCAGCUUUUACCGAGCGGCCCCUAAAGGACUCUAAAUUUCACCUUUGAAUCGUCGCGUGUGAGAAGAUUUCCUGUGGCUCCCUCACUGUCUGGAAGUAACCGUAUCCUCAAAGGGGUUUUGACACGCAAUACUGGUAUGAAAAAAUACAUUGCACCUGUUGCUUCAGGGGAGCGGUUUCCAUGGGUGGUUCUGCACACUUUAUCUUUGAGGAUUUAAACAGAUCAAGGGGAUUUGAGGGUUAAGAAGAGGAACUGUUUGAGGCAAAUGGAUGGAUUCUAACACACACACACACGCAACUCACAAAUGAAUUUUGUUUUUGGGAGAGGUGGUUGGUGACGUUCUUGCCAAUUGUUUGCCCGACUUGUGUUUCAGCCAAUUUCCUGUUUCCGGGCUUAAUCACAUGUUGAAGGCUGUCAUUAUUCAGAAAGAGAGAGAGAAACGCCUACAGUUUAUGAUUAUUUAAAGAGCCUGCUCCUGUACCUGAGGAAAUUAUUUUAUUUAUUAAAACAGUGCAACACAUUGAUCAAUAAAACAUUAUGUGACCACAGCAGCGUGACGAGGCACCAGGAUAGCACACGGAUAAAUUGAGGCCACGCCACUUCCAUAGACUGGAUUUCCAUUUCUCAUUUACUUUUUGGCUGUUUGCUGCUGUAUUGCUUUUACUGGUAUUUACUUCAUGUUUACAAGCCUUUUAUUUGGUGAUGCUUUUUUGCACUGAACAGGGUUUGAUGUAGUUAAAAUAUUUUAAAAAAAAAGAAACACCGAAACAAAUACACAGAAGUGGACAAAUGAAACAAAAACUGGCUAUUUUUGUAUCAAACAUCAGCAUGAAUAAUAAUGGAAGACUAUAAAACAAAUUGACCGAUAUUAAAAUUUAUGUUUUUGAUGUGCACACUUAUAAAAUAGUUCUGACAGUAUCUUAACUGUCUUUCCUUUCUUGUGCUAUUUUGAGGGAGCCCAUGCAGAUUGUGGGGCUCUAAGCAAUAACUUUUAUAAUGAGGAGGUUAGGAAGAGUUAAUAAACAUGUUGGACUUUAAAAGCUCUAUUCACAUUAAAAGCACUAAUUAAGGAAAACAAGUAUCUUGUUUAUGUAGCUGUUAGAGUGGCUUCAGAUUUUAAAAAAAUUAAAAACGUUAGACUUCAGUAAUGAAUGGCUUUUGAACCUUUUCUGGUUACAGCAGGCUUUGUGUCUGCAACACAUAGACAUCAAAUAUCUUGGAUUCAGUAAAAAAACAACCAAAAAACACACACUUAAAAUCAGAACAUGUCUUUCAUCUUCACUUUGUUUUGGUCAUAUCUGCUGGAAAAGAACUGGAGUAUCAUCUUCACUUCAGCAUCCAAAUCCUAUUGAAAAACAUUUUUAUCAUUGUUGAAAUUAUAUGCCUGUAAUGGUUUAGAACUGUAUGAAUUAAAAUGAUGCAAUUUUCUACAAU